UCUCGCGCGGGUGAUUGCGUGUGGUUUGCUGUCGUGCUACGUGCUAAGGCUGCGAGGAUUAUUUUAAAAAAUUUUCAGGAUGUUUGUGCCACUUUUCGUUGCUUUUUGCGCUGGUUUAGCCACUGCAAGUCGCAUCAAAGAGGCUCAUUCGGCAGGUAAGCCUAAAUUAGCGUAAAUGGAUCUCGACGUAAUCGAUGAAACUUUUUUAACGGCCUUUAAAUUGCUAUCGCGCAAUAAGGGAAUACAGUAUUUCGUUUAGAUGCGGUUACUUCUUCCCAAAUCCUAUUACUUCUUUAUCUUGGGUGCAGAAAACAUCGCUUAAAUCAAAUCUUAAACGGCUAGUACGAUCUAGUACGAAUUGUAGAUGUAAGUACACUGUAGGAGGCGAGGGGUGGAAGGGGGGUGUGCACAAAAGAGAAGAUUAAUUAGUAUUUUGUAUUUUAAUUGGGUUAAGGGACGGGUAGGUGCGUAGCUUUCCAGAGAGACUUUGGACUGAGUAAUCCAUCUGGCCGGAAAUACGAACGGAUGUACAAGCAACAGAUCCGCUUUUCAUUUGGUGUGUUUCGUUUCCAAACAGAAAGACGAUAGAUACUCGGGUGAUAUACUACAAAUCAGCGUUGCUAACACAGUUUCCCAGAGAAGGAUAUAACACAGUACACCACAUUGACAAGACAGACUUAUUGUAGACUUAAAUAUUUCAAAGCAUUACAAAAUUGAUUACCACAAGGUCAACAAGUCCAAGGCUCAAUUAUUGAAAUGUCCAGGACGCAGUUGUUUUUUUCUUUUCAUAUUAUUUUUGGCACGUUUUCCAGGCGGUACUCUGCUGUAAUGGAGACAGUAAAAUGAGAAUGUCGCCAAAUUGUUGAAAAAAAUACCAUUAUAAUGUAAACCCAAAUAUUUUUUUCCUGUGCAUAAAAAUUGAAUAACGGCCUAAAAACUACCUCGAAACCUUUUUAGCUAACACAAACCUCGGAUCGGAAACUUCUCGUCCAUCCUUCAAAAAUGUCUUUGAGCCUCCCGGCCGACACUAUUUUACCCCGGGUGGUAUUUGGGUUAAUUUUUGCUGGGUAUGUGCCGUUGGCCUCUCAGAGCCCCUACCCCAUUAUAGUCUAUUCUGUGGCCAAUUAAAGACCCCAUCUUUGUCACUUUUGGGCAGAUAUAAUUUUCGCGAUCCCAACUCAGUCACUUUCUUAUCUAUGUAUCUACCUCAUCAAUCCUUUAAACUGAAUUGACCCAUUUUUUUAAAUUGAAUGAAGUACAUUUUAUUUACCUACAGUACAAACAAACAUUCUGGUACGUUUGCUAACCGUAAAUGUGAAGAACCGUUUCUUACCCCAAAAAUCCGAAAAUGUGCGAUCCCAUUCUAGUAACUCUAUUGAAAAUGCAAUCCCAUUCUAGUAACUCUAUUGAAAAUGCGACCCCAUUAUAGACAAUCCAGUCGUGAAAAUGUGACCCCAUCCCCAUUAGCCUCCUAUAAGGAAGUAACCCCCCAGGUAUUUUACCUUAGUACCCCUCCCUGCUUGCGCAUUUUGCAAGCUCACCUUGGUUGGCCUUUGGUCCUGCAUGCGGGUUAUAAGACCCAUCAGGAAUAGCAGGCUUCUAACAAGCAGUUUUUUUUUUGGUCAUCUGCAAGAGCACGUACUCUCACUAAAACCUCAUCAGUUGUCACAAAGUGGUUCUUUUUAAGGUUUAGGUAAGAUAGCGUAGAGCAAGAUGUGUUGGCUUUUAUUAAGUUUAAAGGUAACCUCAAUACAAGAAAAAGUUUUUUUAUGUUUCUUCUCCGAGAGAGAGGAACGCGAGCUCACUUCCCGAAAAGCGGCUCGUAACCGAGCCAACCUCGUUCCCAGGGCUUUUCUCCUUCCAUUUUCUAAAGGAAAAGCUUGGGGACUGCGCGGCAAGGGACGGGACGGGACGAGGUUGUAAUCGAUAAGAUUUCUACGUUUCUGAUUGGCUCAAUCUCCAGGUUAAUUCUUCAUAACCAGCUACCCCUGACCAAACAUUUUACUUACUAUUUUUAGUUUUAAAUUAGUUUUAUUUUUAUUUUUUAUGAAAAGUGCCUUCAAAGCCCAUAGAUUUUGUCACUGAUGACCACUGCUCAUGCACCAAGGACCCUGUCCCACAGUGCGGCUGUUGUGCUGAUUUCGAGUAUGAAGAAAAGACACAUCAUAGUAAGUAAUAUUCCUAGACUUUCACUCAACUAAACAGGGACUGCUAUUGGUUGAUUCUUGAUCACGUGGCCUUGAUUAAAAUCUUCCCGAUUUACAUUACAGCACGUGAACAAAGCAUGGUGGAAAGUGGCGUGACAGAAGGCUGCCAGUUUUCCUCGAUCCUGCAACGAAAUCGUAGAAGAGAAACAGCAGCUAGUGGAGGAAAAAGAUGCAGAUAAUAUAAGGAAAGUACUUUGUAAAUCAUUCAUUCAGUGGUUUUAAGAAUUAUAUUUGUGUUGUUAAAAGUACCGAAGAUAUCUUUGAGCAUUUUCCCUUGGGACGCCAGCAUCUUGAUCCUGCAUAAAUAGGAUGUUGGUUUUUCAAACCAGGCCUGCUCGCUAUAGCGGGCUUAGUUAUGACCAUCGGUUUAUCAAUAACCGGAUGCUCAAACUCGAAAAAACCAGUUUGACGAGAGAGAAUAAGAUUGAGUAGUCUAGAAGUUUGGGUUGUGGCGAACGCAAAGGUUUGACGUGAUUCAGACAGGGACAACCAUCACAUUUCAAGUCUCACUUACAGAUUUCACCACUGAUGUUGUAUAAAUGCUUUUUACUUCUUUCAGUUUGUGUAAACACGUCUUAUAUUGCAUCGGAGAAAGUAAGUCUCAUUUGUUGAUCAUGUGUGUCAGUAUGAAAAGCUAGAUCUGUGAACGAAAUCGUGGGCAUAUGACAUAAUUUAUCACUCCUUGGGCACUCCCUUUUGACAAUAAAAGGGGUCGCUUAUAGGAAAUUUUCGACAAGACCGCUAAUGGGAUGGGUACAAGAAUCUCGUUAUGAUGGCAAAAUUAUUUUUAUCGACACGAAGUACCUUGCUCCAGGCUUGGUUGCAGUUUAACAAAUUUACCUUAAUGCUGAAAAUUACGACCAGAGAAGCUCUGUUGAAAACCAUAUUAAUUUUGCGUUUUGUAGGCUCUGAGAUUUACAGUGACUUUUGAUGGAAAGGUCCUCCUGAACAAGACUCUCUCGGGUAAGAGUAGCCUAAGGGAUCAGGCCAGUUUCAGCCCAGGUUGAAAUCUCGGUCCGCAUUUUGCUCGAUUACAUGGCGAGUUUCAGCCCAGGCGCAAUGUUUAGAAUUAGGCGCAAAAAAUUUGCAGAAAAGGUAUUUUACAUUCUCAUGCAAACUCUUACACGGCGCAACCCUAAGUUCAUUUUUCAGCCCGGACUGAAAUUUGAAUACAAUUUCGCUCCGUGUAAGGGAAAUCCAAGCAGUCUUGGAUUCUGGAUCCCACGCCAUGGAUUCCGGAUUCUAGGUACUGGGUUCCAGAUUCUUAGAUAGCGGAAUCUGGAUUCCGAAUUCUAAUCGUUAGUGGGAUUCCGGAUUCGUUGAGCUGUAUUCCAGAUUCCACGGCAAAACUUUGCUAGAUUCCGGAUUCCACAAGCAAAAAUUUCCCAGAUUCCGGAAUCCGAAUUCCCUUACGCGGGCCGAACAGUAGAUCACUUCCGAGUUCUCCCGAGCCUCUGUUUCAAAACGAGGGUACGUGCUCAGCCUUCGAUACGGAAAUCAUUUUUCAUUCUCACGCAAAUAAAACUCAUUUUCACAAAAAAGGUUGUCAGGACCUAGCCUCAUUUUGAAAAUGAGGGUUUUUGGAACUCGGAAGUGGCCUAUUAUAAACGAGGCUUUUCGCCUGAGCUCGUCUAACUGGCUGAAAUUUAUAGCCUGGUUUGUUAUACCUUGCAGGGGGUAGAAAUUUCAGCUGGGGCUGAAAGCUAUGACUUCGCGUAAUAACAAACAAAGCUUCUUCUGAGAUUUACUCGAGAGGCCCAGCUGAUCAAAUCUCAGCCCCGCUAAUCGGCCUGAAUCCCUCUUCUCCCGGUGUUGAAACUCGCAAUGUAAUCGUCUUCUAAGUGAAAACAAUUCCCAGGAGGUGCUUGAUUUCGGAAAUUUUCUAAAGCAGCCCUAAAACAAUACUAAACCCUUGUUUUGUGUUCGUGGCUGAAAUUCGUCUUCACCCCUUUUAAAAGUUAAAGAACUACCUGUUGUAAGACAACGAAGUACUCUGCGACACAUUAAAAGGGAAUUUCCAAUGUCCUGUAAUUUUUACUUAAGGAGUAAAUAAAAUAGAGAGAUUUUUUGGAAUUAUUUGACAAUGGAAAUCUACCCUAAAAGGCACUCCAAUAAUUCUUAGCGCCGAGGAAGAACUUAUCGUCAAAUUUUUAACGAAACUGUCGCCGGCUUUAUCUCAAAAGUCACAAUAAGGUGUCACUGUUAAAAUCCUGUUAUCUUUUCGGCUGGAACAGAAGUAUUUGCACGUUGAUAUUUUUGUACAGUUGACAGUUGACAAAAGUGACAUCUUGAAACAAAUUUUUUUAUGGUUUUUACGCAGCAAAAAACCCACCACCAUUUUGCCAAGGAUUAAAACCAUUAGCUUACAUCUGCGAGAAGUAUUCCAAUAUGUCCUACGGAGAUGAUAACAAAUGGGGAGGCUGCCUGGAGAUCUAUGGCGGAGUGGUCGUGCAAAUCCUCGACAUCAAGUUCGGCUGCUUUUAUUUGCCUGUCGACGUAUUGGAGGUAAACCGGCAUGCUUACCCCUGUAGCACAUAACAUAGAAGUUGCGAGUCCUCGAAAGUAAUAACCCUCGAAAGUACCAGCCCCCUACCCUCCCGCCCGCCUCGAAAAUGAAACGAAUCCCCAAAAGUAUAAACUCCCACCUCUUAUACACCUCUUUAAUCUGAAAAACUCUCGAAAAUAACACAUUUCACAAAAAUCCCCCCCCCCCCCCUUGUAUGUAGUUUCCCUCUGCAAUUCAUACAGUCACACCCCUCUGUAACAGACCCAGUGAAACCCUUCCCAGUGAUUUGAUUCAGUCGACCCAGUGAUAAUUUAACCUCCCACCCGCGAAUAGUUUUUUCUAGCUGGCUGAUUUUUUUCCUCCGCGAUCCCCGGUCGCUUUCUAUCAUGACUUCUACAAGACCAAUGUAUUUCGUUGUUCAUAUUUGUUUGAAAGAAACAAAAAUAUAAAACAUUAUUAUCAUAGACAAAACCAAAAUAAGGAGGAUACUGGUCAUCAACCUUGCAUAAAAAAGUGUAAAUCUUAUUGUUCUUCUCGCUACAACAAUAUGUAAAAGGGCUUCAAAGUUAUCAUACCGGUAAAGAUGUAAGGCCUGCCACCCCUUUCCACUUUUAUGAAAAGUACACAACUAAGAAGAAAAACCCAGUGGAAAAUAAACAAACCCGGUGACGUUUUCUUCGAGAACCCAAUGAAGAUAUAGAUUCCUUUGGGUGUACAGUCAGCUCCACCCCUUUGGUGCCCGCAUUAGUAAGGAGGGGGGAGGGAUGGGUCGGCAUCACGUGUAGUACUAAUAAUUUGUGGUUUUAUAAUCAUAGUCUCAUAUCAAGAUGAUAACAGAAGAGCCAACUAACCCAACUUUGGUGAACCGCUUCCUGGAUUUCUUAAAGGAAACGUUCAAGGAACAGGUGCAGGGAUGGUUUGGAUGGGAGCCGACUGAGGAAAAAAAGUACAGCAACGUGACGUAUAGCUUACUUAGGGGCCGCAUGGAUGACGAAGAGGACGAAGGAAUUUAAAUUUCUAACAUUAAAUAUAAAGCGAAAAGCGAAAAAUCAGUGGUUAACGGAACGCAAACUGGAAUUUCUUUUCUAGGAUAGUUUAAUAGUAGAAGUUGCCCGAUAGCACAUGCUAAGUGUUGUUUCAUUAAUGCGCAAGCAUGAUUUUAAAUUUCCUUUUCAUCUUUAAACCAUUAGCUUCUACGAUUGUUGAUUAGAAAUUAUAAUGCAAGUGAAAACCUGAACCGCCCAGAAAAUAAAAUUACUGCUGUCCGCAGACGCUUUUAUAUUAGAUGUCUAAACCCUUCGGUAUUUCUUUAAAACUGACUUCAAGGGAGAAAGGGUCAGACUUCUUGGGGUCUUAGUAUUAAAAUCGUAAAUCUGAUGGUCAAUGUAAGUUGACUUCUAGCCUAAUUUGAGGUAAUUAUUAGGCGAAAGGUUAAAUAAUGAACUUUCAUCCACUAGUACGAUUGCUGGGAUAAUCAAUGUUACAGGAGUGUUACGUCUCCUCUGGCAGCGAUUAUCGUGAACAAGCAAGAUCUUUGGUUGGAAUUUUAACGUUUGCACUUUUUUUAAGGCUAGUAUGGGAGUUGCAAUGCUUGUAUCGCUCUUUCAUUAAUUAUAGAGCAUUGAAAAUUAAGCCUUAAACGAGAGCUAUUUUCAUUGAAGACAAAGCAUGUUCAAACAAAUAAACAGC